GAAAGCAGACGCGGAGAGCAGAGCUAGAGCCAGCCCAGCCCAGGGAGGCAGGGCAGGGCAGGGGCUGCUCCCCGGGAGGCGGCUCGGACCUGCCCCUUGCGCUGGAUGCUCCAGGCAGGACAGAGCUCGGGGGCAGCCCUGGCCAGACGGGGAAGGGCUCCGGCCGCACAGGCUCCAGCAGACAGACGCAGCUCCAGUCCCAGGUCAGCGGGAGACGGCAUCUGGAGCCGGGGUCGGCAGCGUUUUGCGUGCCUCUCAUCCAGCAUUUCUGUGAACGCUGGCACAGGAAAGGACGUGGCACGCAGGGCAGCUGAGCCCCGUCACCAUGCCUCCUCCAGCUCCGAGGGGACCCUUCCUCCUACUCCUUCUCCUCGCAGGUCUGCCGGCAGUGACUCCCGGGAGCAGCCAGCUGCACAUUUCACCCAGCGACCCCGAAAUCAUCCUCAGCCUCUACGGCAGCUCCUCCCUGACGUGCUCGGGGGAGGCCGAGGUGGUCUGGGAGCGGGACCGGCAGCCCCUGGCCGCGUCGCUGGAGCAGAGAGACGGCGUCUUCCACAGCACAGUCACGCUCCACAACCUGACAGGCCUUGACACGGGGGAGUACGUGUGCACCUACAACCACUCCCUGGGCUGGAAGCAGGCGGAGAGGAAGGCCAUCUAUGUCUACGUGCCAGACCCCUCCCUGGUCUUCCUGCCCAGUGACUCCGCGGAGUCGUUCAUCUUCACCACGGGCUACACGGAGGCCACCAUCCCGUGCCGCGUGACCGACCCUGCCUUCCACGUCACCCUGUACGAGAAGAAGGACGACACCCCGAUCCCUGCCACCUACAACAGGCAGCAGGGCUUCAAGGGCUUCUUCGAAGACAAGACCUACAUCUGCAAGGCGACGCUGGACGACCGGGAGGUGGACUCGGACAACUACUACAUCUACAGCAUCCAGUCUUCUUCGAGCGUUAACAUCUCCAUCAGCGCGGUGCAGACCCUGGUGCGGCGAGGAGAGAACAUCACCGUCAUGUGCACCGUCAGCGGCAACGAGAUACUCAACUUUAACUGGGUGUACCCCGGCCUGGAGACGGGCAAGGUGGUGAAGCUGGUGACGGACUUCCUGCCCGGGUCCAGCCAUGAGAUCCGCUCCAUCCUCAUCGUCCAGAACGCGGAGCUGGAGGAUGCGGGCUCCUACAUCUGCAACGUCUCGGAGGGCUUCCAGCAGAACAUGGACAUGAAGGACAUCACUGUCAGUGUGGUCGAGCGCGGGUUCGUGAAGUUCCUCUCCGAAUGGCGCACCAUGGUGUUUGCCGAGGUGCACAAGAGCCCCACCAUCCGGGUGCAGCUUGAGGCCUACCCCCCACCCACCAUCCAGUGGCUCAAGAACAACCAGCCCCUGACGGUGAGCAGCAGCAGCGACUUCUCCAUCACCACCCGGAAGCUGUCGGAAACCAGGUACGAGACAAAUCUGAACCUGGUGCGGGUGGAACCGAAAGAGGGGGGCAACUACACCAUCCGGGCGUCCAACGACGACGACACGCAGCACCUGAGCUUCUUCCUGCAGGUCAACGUCUCAGCCAAGGUGCUGGCGCUGCACGAGAACAGCACCAUCAAGGGGGAGCAGAAGGUGCUGUGCGCCGCCGAGGGCAUGCCGCAGCCGGAGAUCAGCUGGUACACCUGCAGUGACCACAAAGGACAAUGCAGCCUCCAGCCCAUUCAGCAGCUGGGCAAUGCCUCUGAGGAGAUGCAGCUGCAGACCAAUGCCACGUACCACGAGGCGCUGCGGGUGUACCACGUCCACAGCACACUGCAGCUGCGCCGGGUGGACGAGCCCCUGCUGCUCCGGUGCGCCGUGCAGAACCUGCUGGGCACCAGCCACCGCGACAUCAAGCUGGUGCCACACGCCUUGUCCUUCAAGGUGAUCAUCAUCUCCGGGGUCAUCCUGGGUCUGCUGGCACUCAUCGUCACCUCCCUGAUCAUCCUCAUCAUCCUGUGGAGGAAGAAACCUCGCUACGAAAUCCGGUGGAAGGUGAUCGAGUCAGUGAGCUCCGACGGACACGAGUACAUCUACGUGGACCCCUUGCAACUCCCCUAUGACUCCAGCUGGGAGGUCCCCAGGGACAAGCUGGUGCUGGGGCGCACGCUCGGGUCCGGGGCCUUUGGCCGUGUGGUGGAGGCAACAGCCCACGGCCUGAGCCACUCGCAGUCCUCCAUGAAGGUGGCCGUGAAGAUGCUCAAGUCUACUGCCAGGAGCAGCGAGAAGCAGGCCCUGAUGUCGGAGCUGAAGAUCAUGAGCCACCUGGGGCCUCACCUGAACAUCGUCAACCUGCUUGGAGCCUGCACCAAAGGAGGCCCCAUCUACAUCAUCACAGAGUACUGCCGCUACGGAGACCUGGUGGACUACCUGCACCGCAACAAGCACACCUUCCUGCAGUACUACAGCGAGAAGAGCAGGCGGGAGGCUGAGCUCUACGGAAACACCUUCAGUGAGGACCGGCUCCAGAGGCAGACAUCCGUGUCCGUCGAGAGCGAUGGAGGCUACAUGGACAUGAGCAAGGAUGACUCCCUGGAUUACGUGCCCAUGUCAGAUAUGAAGGGAGAGAUCAAGUACGCUGACAUCGAGGCCUCCAACUAUGGCACGCCGUACGAGCUGGACAGCUACUCCCCGUCAGCUCCUGAGAGGACAGACCAGGCUACCUUGAUCAACGAGUCCCCCAUUCUCAGCUACACGGACCUCAUCGGGUUCAGCUUCCAAGUAGCCAAUGGCAUGGAGUUCCUGGCUUCCAAAAAUUGCGUGCACCGUGACCUGGCAGCAAGGAACGUGCUGAUCUGCGAGGGGAAGCUGGUGAAGAUCUGCGACUUUGGGCUGGCCCGGGACAUUGUGCGAGACUCUAACUACAUUUCCAAGGGCAACACUUUCUUGCCUUUGAAGUGGAUGGCGCCUGAGAGCAUCUUCAACAACCUGUACACGACCCUGAGUGACGUGUGGUCUUUCGGGAUCCUCCUCUGGGAGAUAUUCACGCUGGGUGGGACGCCCUACCCUGAGCUGCCCAUGAACGAGCAGUUUUACAACGCCAUCAAGCGGGGCUAUCGCAUGUCCAAGCCCACGCAUGCCUCUGACGAGAUCUACGAUAUCAUGCAGAAAUGCUGGGAAGAGAAGUUUGAGAUCAGACCUUCCUUCUCGCAGCUGGUGGUGCUGAUGGGGAACCUGCUGAUGGACGGCUACAAGAAGAGGUACCAGCAGGUCGAUGAGGAGUUCCUGAGGAGUGACCACCCUGCCGUCGUCCGCACUCAGCCCAGGAUUGCCGGGGUAAACGGGGCCCAGCACAGCUCCAGCGCCAGCAGCAUCCUCUAUACGGCCGUGCAACAGAACGGAGGGGACAACGACUACAUCAUCCCCCUGCCCGACCCCAAGCCCGACGGAGCAGACGAAAUCCCCCAGGAAGCUUCCGUCAGCCGGGCCAGCUCUACACUGAACGAGGCAAACACCUCAUCUACGAUAUCCUGCGACAGCCCCCUGAUCCCAGCGCAGGAUGAGGAACCAGAACCAGAACUGGAACCAGAACCAGAACUGAAGCCAGGCUGCCAGGAGCUGAGCCCUGGGCAUCACGACACGGAGGAGAGCUUUCUGUAGCUGGCUCUGGGCUGAUGCUGCACCUCACCCGCCAGGGAGAUGGGCCAGGGGCCAACCCAACCUGGCAGAGCCGUGCUAUGCAUUGGGGGACCCCUGUGCCUCAGUGCUCCUCUUUUCAUCCCACCUUCCAGCACAACCGGGGAAAGACAGACGCGUUCCCUUUCUGUGCCAAAGGACCAUGCACCAACCCCCAUCCCGUCCCAUUGCUACACACCAUCCCAGCCACCCAACUGUGGAAGAGCGGAGGCGUCUGCUCACAGAAAAACCUCUUCUCACCAUGAAAGGAGAUGCUGUCUCUAUAGGAGACGUUGCCUUUCCCUCUGCUUGAUUGCAUAUCCCAGCCUCUAUCCCGCCCUGCUAAAAUGCACGGCGCUGAAUUCCAGCUCAUCUCCAUCGUGCCCGCCUCUCUGAUGCUCGGUGUAGCAGCCAUGCGGUGGGCACAGCAGAGCUGCCAGGGAUGGCCGGCUGGACAGACAGCCCCCUCUCAUAGCUCGCUGGUGAGGCGAAGAGAAGCCAAAAGGCCACACUCCAGCCAUUAAGAGAAACAGGAUUCUCCCUCAAGCACAACCAAGGUAUAGCGACUGCCGAAAAGAGGCCUGUGGUGGGUCUCGGAGACGUUGGGUCGCCAGCCGGCACACUCUCACCCUCUGCAGCAUUUCGGAGAUGGGGCAGCACCGCAAGCGCUGUGGUACAGGUACCCGUGGUGCUGGGCCACGUUGCUGCAGGCAUCCCAAGGGGCUGUCCUAGACUGAACCCUCCUUCUGCUCAGAGCUGCUCCCUGGGCUGCCAAGGGCAUGCCGGGACCUGGGGACACUCGGAGCCGUCUUCUCCUGUGUGAACACUAACCCCGAUCACUCGCUUCAAGGGAACAAGCCAGACCUCUUCAUUCACCAUCCGGGGCCAGUAUAAGGAAGGAAUGGCUACCUGUUCAACGUGAUGUGCCGCUGAACCUGGCUGGGAGGGUCUCCCAUCCCGGCUGUGUGUUGUCUGUGGGGACCAGGUAGAGUCAGGGGCUUGUCUGAGUUCCUCUUUCCUUCAGGACAGGGGGUGUCAACUGAGCCUCUUUCCCUAGGCAAAGCCAUGCUGAGUGGCCAGGGUGCAAGCACGCCAGCCUAGGAGGCCCAAAGACAUCUCACGUAAGAGAGAGAGAGAGAGAAAGAGAGAGGCUGUGAAGUCCCCCGAGUGCCAUGCCAUGUCUAUGCCCCCGCCACUGAGAAGCUGUUGGUGGCCCACCUGCCAGGGGGAAGCCACCAAGCAGCCUUUCCAGUUGCAAGGGGCCAGCUGAUCCCAGGCAGAUGUGGCGCCUGGAGCCCUGCGGGCUGGGAGCUGAACAGAGGAGGGAGGAUCGGGCUGGAGGAAAGGGCUGGGGGGCAUGACCCCAUCACCCUCCCUUACAAAGCCACCUGCAGGGUGGACACGUGGAGACUCUCCCUCCUGCUUCACACCCAGCAUUUCAAACAGAGUGUGAAGUCCCUGCCAAGGUGGGCAAGAAGCAGCCCAGCCGCGGUAGCAAGGGGAAUCGCUUCAAUUGGGGAAACCGCAGUUUUCCUCCUUCGAGAGUACUGAGUAGACUCGAGCCUUUCCCUCCCUGCCCUGGACCUCCAUCACCUCUUUCACCUUCCCCUCCCCAGCCGCACUCAGUGGCUGCGUGCCUCCGGAGAGAGCCGGUCAGACAUUGGGGUGACCCUUUGUUCCUAGCAGCCUCGCUAAAGCUAGACCGAGGGGAACGGGCAUGUCCCGUGAGGUUUGCCUUGCCAGUAAAACGCAAACACUGUUAGUGGUAGCCAGCAGAGUGCUGCUGAUAAUAACCACAGUCAGUACAGUUUGUCUUUUCCAGCCUGAAAGGUCAGCCUUCCCAGCAGCCAGAGCAUCCGCCCUGUGAAUAGCAAACGUUUUUCCCCACGUACCAGUCCUCUAGUAAGCUCCAUGUGCCAUGAACAGCCGCCAGGCCACAGGGAGGCAAUAACACCGCAGCUGUGUGGGGCGAGACCGCUUUCCCUUGACGUGGUGGAGGCUCAGGUGGGUACGUGCCACCACAAGGUCAGCCCAUGGGGUCUCACUCCUGCAGGGCCACUGCUCUUCUCCCACAAUGCGAGUGGCACGUAUGCUCCACCCGGGUGGGCUCGGGGGGGUCCAUGCAUGAUCACAGGCUUUACCUGCCAGGCUGGUUUCUCUCUUCACAGCACCUCUUCUUACUCCUUGCAGUUGAACGUGGGAUCAUAGCCCUGGAAGGGGCUUCCUGGGGUAAAGCCCAUCCCUGCUGUUGCAAACACAGUAUCAUACAAUCCUGUUCCCACUGCGAGCUUAGAUGCUGGAUGUGUCUAGGAGGGUUUGGACCGGGCAGAUCCUGCCUCGGGCAGGGGGUUAGACUAGACGAGCUCUGGAGGGCCCUUGCAGCCCCAUUUCUCUGUGAUGUCUAUGAAUGACUGAUCAGGCCCGUCUUUAAAAAAGUUAGGCCUCUUGCCACCACUCUGAUUGAUUUCUUCUUGGAUUACUUCUUCCUGCAGACUAUAGGUAUGCACGGCCAGUGGGAUCCCCCUUUGUUCUGCUGCCAACAUCGUCCUCCAGCUUGAAACGCUUUCUUCCCUCCCUGCUGUCUCCCUUCCUGCCAUACUUUUGGAGAGUAAUGCUCUCCUUUUGCUACGCUGAGCAGUCCAGCUGGCUGCGUUCCUCUCCUAAGCCAGGCUCUCCAUUCCCCUCCUCUUCCUCAUCGCCUUUCUCUGCACCUGUUCCCGUUUCACUUCGUCUUUCUCGCGUGUGGGUGGCCAGCACAGUGCCCAGGAUCCCAGAUGGCAUCCUACCAUUAUCUUGCACAAUGUCUUUCGUACUUCCCUCUCUCUACAGAAAAUACCUUGCGUGAUAGAUCCUGGUAUUGCACUGGUCUUUUCCACAGCUGCAUCGCAGGGGAGGCUCAGAGCCAACCUGCGAUCCACAAACGCAACCAGACCUUUCUCCUCUGCUGUCACUGGAGCUGAGGGAUUGUCAGCACAUAGCAGAAAUUCUUGUCAUUAGCCCUCAAGUGCAUGAUCUUGCCCUUUGCACUUUUAAACGCAGUCUGUUCCUGUUACUCCAGUCCCCAAGGCCUUCUGCUCUCCCACUGGAUUGACAAUGUUCCCAAAUUUGGUUUCAUCAGCCGUUUUCUUUCCCCUUCUCCUACAUUUUGUGCCAAAGUCCUCAAUGAAAUAAGAUCGGUCCCAAGACUGAUCCUUAACAAGCUCCUCUAGUAACUCCCCUCUCACCUGAGGCUGCCCCGGGUAACCAGUUGCCAUCUCUCCUUUAGCCAGUCCCUUGCUCGCUUUGCAACAUCUCAUAUUAAUCAUCUCCAGCUUCACUAAUUAUUUCCCACAUGUCACCGUAUUGGAUGCUUUUCUGGUGUCCUGAGAGAUACGAUCUACUGCAUAUCACAGAUUAGAUAGCUUAGCAAAGAAAGAGAUCAGACUGGUCUGGUUUAGCUCCAGCAAACCCAGGUUGUAUUUUCUCCCCCCCACCCCCCCUUUUCUUUUUUUUUUGGGGGGGGGGGGAGGGGGGGUUAACUUUUCCCUCGUUGUCUUUAUUCUUUCCUUCAAAGCUCUUCUGACACCUGGCCUGUUGUUGUUCUAAUUACUUCCCCCCACCCUUCAUCUUCAAACAGAUGCUACCUUAGAUGUUCUCCAGCCAGUUGGCAUCACCCUUAAGUUACUAGAGUUAUUAAAAUAGUUGCUGCCAAGCCCAUUCUUGCACUCCGUGGUAUUUUCAGGUCUUUACUUGAAAUACCCCAUUAGCUGCUGCAUCUCUGUGCAACGCUGCACUGCACACAUCAGACCUGGCUCUGGGGGCGGGAGUCACAGGCAAAGGGAACCUGAUGCCAGUCGGAUGCUUUGUGGCCCUGUCUGGGCUCGAUGCGAAGUGUCUGAUCUGCUUUCCGCUUGGCUGCAGAACUUAGUUUCACAUCCUGCCCAGGGCGUGCGGUGAGAUUGCUGCCUUGCCGCUGCAGCAGAAAGCCUUUCAGCUCAGGGUAGGGGGUGCUGGCCAGGUGAGCGCCACGCAAGGUAAGACACCAGCCAGGUAGCCCCAGGAAACCCGAGGAGGGAACCCCGUUUUCCAAAGAGUGGACUCACUUGGCUCAAUUCACCACAUUGGAAACAGCUCUGGGGAAAGCCCCCCAGGUGCCCACAGAACAGAGUCAGUGGCCCAAACCAGCCCGGAUUUAGGGUUCACCACCUCUCUCUCUCUCUCUCUCUCCCCCUCCCUACUUCUGACAUUCCAGCCCCCGGUAAAUCAGACGAUGGGGGGCAAAAAUACCAUAACUUUUCCGUUUCCAUCAAUUAUAACCGGGAUGCGUCCAGUCCUAUUCAGAAGGGAACCAGUGCCUCUAGGUUUUAGUUUAUGUGGUUGGUUUUGAUUGGUUGUGGGGUUUUUGUGUAUGUAGAGAUGAGCCCAAACUGAACCCCACAUCCCAGCCCCUAAAUCUUUCCAGCCUCCGCAAAGGGAAUCCAGUGCUGCAGUUUGGGGCCAUCUCUACCGCCUCUCUUUAAUUGUAUGUUACUCCGCAGCUCGUCCGAUGUUAUCAGCACCAGUAUAAGCCUGUUCUUCCUGCCAGCCACUAUUCCUUGUGCUAUGUAUAUCCGGGGGAUGCCUGUCACACCGCAGUGUUUCUUUCCAUGUUUAAGACGCUUAUGCUGAUGUGCACGCGGUUUGUAGUCCUCUUGUCUUCUGCUCCUCGGAUGUGUUGUUUAAACCAGUGUUUGGCGCUGCGUUGUGAAAUUCAGAGCAUGGUGGACUUGACUUGCAAUGAGCUGCCUCGGUUCCCAGCCCCGGGGACCCUGCUGGAGGGGGCUUCCCAGCGGCAGGAGUUUGCCAGGCACCGACAAAGAGCAGCCAGUAGAAAGUUGGCCAAAGUGGGAAAUGCCCCCUUGUGCAGACCCAACAACUCUCCGAGAGGUGCAGGGCCAAGUGGACAGAAACAUCCAAGAGAUUCGGUAAUAGGGUGGGACGGGGCACCACAUUAGAUGCCAGUGCAUGACCCUGGAUGGAGGCAGGCAGGGGGUCUCCUCACUGCAUCUUUUGGGAGAGCUUUACCAAAGGCAAGCUGCAUUGUGAGCAAGGCAGGGGCAGGCACCCCUCCGCAGGGUUCACUCCUCAUUCACACAUCACACCUCAGUGCUGCCCCCGAGCCCAGCUUUGGGGUCACGGUAUUGGUGCCCAGAGUGCCCACACAUGCCAUGGUGCAAGGAACCGUGGCUGCCAGCCAGAGCAGCCCCCGAGAGCUGGCAGGGCCAAGCACAGCAGCACGGCUCAGCGAUGGCACGUCCAUUCAGAGAGCAGCUGAGCAGCAGCUCCUGGGCACCUGCAGGCCCUGCCAUCCUGGCCCUGCCUAGGUGAAGCCUACCAGGACCUCAGGCUACCUCCCAGACUGCUGCCACGGCCUGAAGUCACUCACCUGGGUGGCAUUGCAGCAGCUGGGACAACAGCAGACCUGGGGGCUGCAGGAUUGGGAGAGUGGGGAGAGUCAGGACUUCUACCUAAUCAGAUGAAACAUUACCUGGUGCCUUCUGUCCUGGCAGCAUGCGCCUGUCCUGGGCUCUUCCUCUGCCACGUUCAUGCCUGGAUGGAAACAUCUCCUGCGCUCGUCUUUGUCAUUAGCCUGUCUUAAGUCACGGGGGGUGGGGGGGAGAAGCCAAACUGAGAUCAAACUACGGUACCAAAGAGCUAAUGUCCUCCUAGGUGUUUACAAGUGUGUUAGUAGGACUCUUAUUACAUUGCAUUUAUACCCGUGAGAUAUUAUUUUUAUGCUGUAAACUUUACACACGUGUUUUUAAAGAAAAGGGUUUUUUAAAAUUAAAAAGUUUUGUUUUCUUUUUCA